UGUGCGCCUAUCCGAGACUUGCAGUAACCUGGUGUACUCGUCUCCUUACCAAACGACCACCUUCAAAGCAUUCUCAUCGGUUAAAUACAGACGUGAGCGUUUUAUUGGACAAAAAACGUCUUAUCUUAAAGCUUGGUGGAAGUCGUUUGGCAUUAUGUUGAAGUUUAAUGGGCUUAUAUAAUUUGUUUGUUUAGCUCAACUCGCUAGCCAAGACACAUUAUCGCACUUCGAUCGCUUUUACUUCAUGCCAACACCGAUUUGUUUAUUUUGUUUCCAGGUCAAGACAAACAACUGAAAAACGAAAGAAAAUGAGGAGUACAGACGUCACUGUACAAGUUCUUCACCCUGAGAAGCACAAUCCCCUUCACAUUAAACAGGAGGAGUCCGAGAUGCCGUGUAUCAAACAGGAGGCGGAGCCAGAGACCCUCUACAUUAAAGAAGAACAACAGGAAGAUGAAAUCCCCAAGUUUCCAAUGUGUGUUAGUGUGAAGAUCGAAGAAGACGAAGGUCCAAGCGAAGAGAGCGGAUCAGCGAAACAUUUGAGCGACAGCUCAUUUCAGCACUUUAAAACAAAAGGAAAGGGACGAUCGCAUCCGGACGGCCUCUCAGCUCCGCUUUCAGACAGCGACGACGUAACAUCACACUCUUCUGACUUUAACACUGAUGAGGAGGAGGAUGGCUUUGACCAAAAUGCUUCAAACUCCUCAAAUAAGUCAUCAUUGAAAAGAGGAAGAAAAAAACGCUUGGUUGAAAAACCUUUUGCCUGCUCAGUUUGUGAGAAAACAUUUUCUUUGAAAAGGUCUAUAAAAAGGCAUCAGCGUAUACACACUGGAGAAAAACCUUUUGUCUGCACAUGUUGUGGUAAAAGAUUCAGCGCGAAGGGAAAUUUAAACACACAUGCAAGAUCACACACUGGAGAUAAGCCUUUUCCCUGCACACUUUGCGAUAAAAGAUUUGUUCACAGGAAUAAUUUAGAAUAUCAUAUGCGUAAACACACUGGAGAAAAGCUUUUUGCCUGCUCACUUUGUGGUAAAAAAUUCGCUCAGAAAUCACAUUUAGCUGUGCAUGCAAGCAGACACGGUGAAGAGAAGCCUUUCGCCUGCACAUUUUGCGAUAAAAGAUUUUAUCAGAAGCCCGAUUUAGUAACGCAUGAACGUACACACACAGGAGAAAAGCCUUAUGCCUGCUUACUUUGUGGUAAAAGAUUCACUCAGAAACCAAGUCUAGUCACGCACACAAACGGACACACUGGAGAGAAGCCUUUCGCCUGUACACUUUGCGAUAAAAGAUUUACUCGGAAGACUAAUUUACAAAGCCAUAUGCGUUCACACUCUGGAGAAAAGCCUUUUGCCUGCUCACGUUGUGGGAAAAGAUAUACUCGGAAGGGACGUUUAGUAGAGCACACAAGAAAACACACUGUGGAACAACCUUUGAAUUGCAGUGUGUGACCAAAUAUUCUGAUUCCAGCCAUGCAUUUACAAUGGAAAAAGCAUUUCAAUUGCCUUAUGCAGUUUCCCCUAAGCCUCUUUAAAAAAUGUUGUUCAAAUGAUUUUGCAGGUCCUCUUCUUUUUCACAACAAACCAAUAUUGUGAUUUUCUUAAUUGAAUGAAUUGAGUUACGUGUCUUUCUGUUGAGAUUGUUUCCUAACUUACAUACUGCUGACUCAAGCCCCUUUCAGACUUCUAGUGGGGCAAAUAAUUAUUUAUUCAACCACUAAUUGUGCAAGUUCUCCCACUUGAAAAUAUUAGA